UGGGAGGUACAGACGACAGCCCUAUAAAACUUCUAAGAAGAGUCAAACGGAAAUUUGGAGAGAUGGCGGGAGUAACCGAAACACGAAGGAGAGAAGGAGGCAGGCCGAUGUAUCCUUCUGCUAGGGGCCCUCCACAGCCUCGUCCUCGCUUCGACCCCGUCGAUCGAGAGAAGACUUGUCCUUUAUUGCUUCGAGUUUUUACUAAGAUUGGGGGUCAUCAUUCCAGGGAGGAUUUUGCAGUGAGAGGCAAGGAGCCUAAGGAUGAGGUUCAAAUUUAUACAUGGAAGGAUGCUAACCUCUGCGAGUUAACUGAUCUGGUUAAAGAAGUAGCAUCAGCUGCUAGAAGAAGAGAUGCAAGACUGUCUUUUGCUUUUGUGUAUCCUGAUAAGAAUGGUCGUUUUGUGCUGAGAGAGGUGGGGAAGACCUUAUCGUAUGGAAAUGGAAGGCGAUUAGAUGAUGGGAAAACAUUGGCUGAACUUGGCUUUGAGAUUGGAGACUACUUGGAUGUGGCGAUUCUGUAGGAGUUUUCAACUGUGAUGACUCUUUUACAUUGGUUGUCGUGAUUGUGAAAGAUUAUCUUGGAAGGCCUUGUGUGCAAUUUUUGCUGGUCUUUGGCAUCACCUUGUGCUUGAGGUGUAUGGGGUCUUAUUAAGAUGUGUUGAUACCGUAGUGAGUGAAGUAUCUAGAACAUUAAGAAAGAAAUUGGCCGUGAUAGAAGAUUUUUCUUAUCUCUGGAGUGUAAAAGUGAUUGACAGAACCCCUACUAAGAGGGUAUAAUUAGCUUGAAAACUUGAUUAAAAUGUUCUUACAUCAUCACAUCUUAACUAUGAUCAUAGUCAAAAUCGAAGUGAAACAAUUUUAGCUAGUUAAACUCGAGUUUAAUUCAUGAUCAAUAUUAACUUCCAAGUUUGUUUUGAUGAUGAA